UAUAUACAAAAUGUAAAUAAAAUUUUACUGAUUUAAUUAUUUUUAAUUAAGAAAAAUAAUAAAGCUAAUGGUCAUAUAGGUUCGAUUCCCAAGAAAUGUGAAACACUGCUAUCUUGAAUGCAAAGUAGGUUGCUUUUGACAAAAGCAUCAGCCAAAUGCAUAAAAAUGUAAAUAAAAAGAUUAACUGCAAUGAAUUUAAUAGAAAAAAACAGACAGACAUCUUAAUUCAAUCACUGUAUGCAAAGAAAAAUCACUGUUGUUCAUACUGCAAUAUCCUGACAUGAGUCGUAUGGCAAAUAUGAUUCAUCAAUUUAAAUGAAGAAAGAGUGUUUCGUGUCACAGAAUGCCCUUAUAAUUACACAUUCACCUUUCCUGCUCAUGCUUUUGUUAUUGGAAAGGUCUCCGCCACUAUCUUACAGGGUUAUCUGUGACUCCUGCUUGGGGGGGUUUGAGCAUGUGUGCCCCUCACCUCUUUAUAAGCAGGAACAGGGACCUGGGAAAAAUCACAGAACUUCGCCGUCAAACAGGCACCUGUCCAAACCAAAGAAAGCCCAGCAGGAAACCAGCUUCUGAACACUAACCGCUGCUGUCAGUGAAGAUCUGCUCUCAGCAUGAUGUGGAAAACCACAGCGCUUGCAGUGUGUCUGCUGCUGGCUGGAGUACAGGCACUGGACGGCCCCUCGUACGGAGUCAAAUUAUGCGGCCGGGAGUUCAUCCGCGCUGUCAUCUUCACCUGCGGAGGCUCUCGAUGGAAGCGCUCCUUGACAAACACAGAUGAAAUCCUGGAUUUAUUCAGCUCGUAUGACAGUAAUGCUCCAGACAGCGCAGUGCUGUACGGUGCUGCACCGUCCUCCCAGCAUGCCCCUGACUCAAAUCUUCCGUCACUGGCACAAGGGGAACAGGAAGGUGGCGUGUUCAGCAGGCCCAUGCGCUCUCUCAUUUCACAGGAGGUGCUUGAAGCGUUGCGUACCGUUGACAGAAAAGGACGUGAUGUAGUGGUGGGACUGUCCAACGCCUGCUGCAAGUGGGGCUGCAGCAAAGGAGAAAUCAGCUCGCUUUGCUGAGAGACUUACCUUCUCUAUAGCAUGAGUGAAUAAAAAAGUGUGUGUGUGUGUGUGCUUCUCCAUUCUGUCCUGUGUUUCAUUUUUCCAUCUCCAUUCAUGUAUUGUCCUUGAGACUUCUAAAUGGUUUGCAUUGAACUCCCAUGCAUUUUGCAGUUAUAAUGUUUGAUGUUGUAAAGUAAUAAGUUACUUUUUGUA